AUGGCAACGGAAGCUGUGCAAGAAGAGCUACGACGCUUCGUGGCUACAAGCCGCAAGCGUCUGCACAGCGUCUUGGGGCGUAUGAGUUGGACUCAGGAGGCAGUGCGCCGGGUUCACAAAACCGAUACGAAACCAGUCGAGCACGCAGACCAACUGCCGGUCUCAUGUUUUACCCAUCUAGCCUUUACUCUCCAACUAAAUGCCAAUGAUAUAAGGCAAAUUUUAGAAAAAGACGUUCCAUGCACAUCCACUUUUGAUAGUAUUCAGGCCGAACUUGAUCCCAAACAACGGCUUCUGAUCUACAAGCACGUGAUAGAGCACACAGCACGGCAUCAAGGAUUCCAGGACAAUGCUGCAUUCAGCGAAUUGGUGGCUGGAACCAAGCGGGAGCAGAUGAAGCAACGGCGCUAUCGCAAAAGCAAGCCGACACUUAACGAGGAGCUUCAUCAGCUGGUCAAACUUCAGAUGCAAGCUCUGGAAAGGCAAUGUGUGAAGCCGACUGAAAAAAAUUCCACAGGGAAAAAGAGCCACAAUCAAGAAAGAAAAAACCAUGAAAGGUCCGAUAGGAGGGAUCGAAAAAGUAAAACGAUACAUAGGUCAAGGUCCCGUUCUCCGUACCACAGACGGAGGCAUCGUGCGAGAGAGCGUAGUUAAAUCCAGUCAAAAUGGAAAUUCUGCGUUUAUUCUAAUCCAUAUCUGAUAGAACUUUACCGUUUAUUAGCUUAGGUUUCUUGGUAAUGAACAAAAAUAAAUUGCACUAUACUAUG